AUGACAUCCAAGAAAGAGCAAGCGUCCUACACGCAUGGCCACCACAGCUCCGUGGUGAACGACCACGCCCGGCGCACGGCGAACGACUCCGCAGCGUUCCUCAUCCCACACAUCCGGCCGACGCACAAGAUCCUCGAUCUGGGCUGCGGGCCCGGCACGAUCACCGCGGACCUGGCGGCGCUCGUGCCCCAAGGGAGCGUCGUGGGAGGCGACGCCGUCUCCUCCGUUCUCGAGCAGGCGUCGUCGCACGCGGCGUCGAGGGGCCUCGGCAACGUGUCCUUCCGGACGGUCGACGGCAACGACCUCCCCUUCGCCGACGACACGUUCGACGUCGUCUACUGCCACCAACUCCUGCAGCACGUCAAGGACCCCGUGGGCAUCCUCCGCGAGAUGCGCCGCGUCGCCAAGUCCGACGGCGGCAUCGUCGCCGCCCGCGAGGCCGACUACGCCAGUUUCGCCCUCUACCCUUUCCCGCCCGAGAUCAGACGCUGGGCCGAACUGUACCAGCUCGUGGCGCGGGCGAACGGCGGCGAGCCCGACGCGGGGCGCCACCUCCACGUGUGGGCGCGCAGGGCCGGGUUCGCCCCCGGCGAGAUCACCCCGAGCUGGAACUCGUGGCGCUACGCCGGCCAGAGGGCCACGCAGUUCAGCCUCUCGUGGCACGGCCGCAUCUUGCAGCCCGGGUUCAUGGGCACCGCGGUGCGCGAAGGCUUCAGCACCGACGACGAGAUCGGAUCCAUUUCCGAGGCGUGGAAGAAGUGGGGCGAAACGGAGGACUGUAUGAUUGCCAUUCCGAACGGCGAGGUGUUGUGUCGAAAGCCUUGA